AUGAGCGUCGAGCGCAAACUGCCAAAGGACUUUAUCUGGGGCUUCGCUACGGCGAGCUUCCAAAUCGAGGGAUCUGUCGACGUUGACGGCCGCGGCAAGUCGAUCUGGGACGACUUUUCCCGCACACCGGGAAAGACGCUCGACGGCAAGAACGGUGACGUUGCUACCGACUCGUAUCGGCUGUGGAGGGAGGACAUUGCACUCCUGAAGCAGUACGGCAUCAAGGCGUACCGUUUCUCAAUCGCCUGGUCGCGAAUCAUCCCUCUCGGGGGAAGGAACGACCCCAUCAAUCCCAAGGGCAUCAAGUUUUACUCAGAUGUCAUUGACGAGCUCCUCCGUGCAGGCAUCACGCCGUUUGUGACCCUGUACCAUUGGGACUUGCCUCAAGCUCUCCACGAUCGCUAUGGUGGAUGGCUCAACAAAGACGAGAUUGUCCAAGACUAUACCAACUAUGCCCGCAUCUGCUUCCAGUCGUUUGGUGACCGCGUCAAGUACUGGCUCACUCUCAACGAGCCCUGGUGUGUCGCUGUCCUCGGCUACGGCCGUGGUGUCUUUGCUCCUGGCCGCUCGAGCGACCGUAAUCGCUGCCCAGAGGGAGACAGCCGCACAGAGCCUUGGAUUGUUGCCCACAACCUCAUCCUAUCGCACGCAAACGCCGUCAAGGUCUAUCGCGACGAGUUCAAGCCCACCCAGCACGGCCAGAUUGGUAUCACCCUCAACGGCGACUGGGAGGUCCCAUAUGACAAUUCUCCCGAAAACAUCGAAGCCGCGCAGCACGCUCUCGAUGUCGCGAUCGGUUGGUAUGCCGAUCCAGUCUAUCUGGGCUUCUAUCCGGACCACAUGAAGAAGAUGCUCGGAGACCGUCUCCCUGACUUCACGCCGGAGGAGUGGGCCUUGGUCAAGGGAUCCUCUGACUUCUAUGGCAUGAACACGUACACCACCAACCUUGCCAAGGCCGGUGGGAGUGACGAGUUCCAAGGCAAUGUCGACUACACGUUCACCCGAGCGGACGGAACCCAACUCGGAACCCAGGCCCAUUGUGCCUGGUUGCAGACAUAUCCAGAGGGUUUCCGCGCUCUACUGAAUUAUAUCUGGAAGCGCUACAAGCUUCCCAUCUACGUGACGGAGAAUGGUUUCGCCGUCAAAAAUGAGGACAGCCUCCCCAUCGAGGAAGCCAUCAAGGACCACGAUCGUGUCGAGUACUUCCGUGGUGCUACCGACUCGCUCUACAAGGCUAUCUUCGAGGAUGGCGUUGACAUCCGGUCCUACUUCCCGUGGAGCUUCCUCGAUAACUUUGAAUGGGCUGAUGGCUAUGGCACUCGUUUCGGUGUCACAUAUGUCGAUUACAGCACCCAGAAGCGAUAUCCAAAGGCGUCUGCCAAGUUUUUGAUCAAGUGGUUCCGUGAACACCAGGAACAGGAGGAGGGUUCGCGAACCCCCGCCAUUCUUGCUGCCGACCCCAUUUCGACCCCCGGAAGUCUCUCCCUCGACGAGCACUCUGCUACCUCGACCGCUCUCGGCUCGCCUGCCAAUGGUACAUGGAAGUGCCCGUUGAAGGCAUCCUCGGGCCUCGCAUGUGGUCAUGAAAUCGUCACCGGUGACAAGAGCGCUGUCACGAAGCACUUUGAAUCGCACAUCAGCACCAUUGGUCUUGCUAUCCGCAACGGCGAGCUUGUCCUUGCCUCUGAGCCUGCACCCACCAAGGAGAAGGUCACUACACCGACCGAGAAGUCUGCAGCGACUACUCCGCGACCAACAACGAAGCCCUCUGAGAAGGCUGUUGCCGUCAACAAGAAUGCCACCUGGUCAUCGAAGUUCAAAUCAACAAUGCGCAAGCUGGUUAUGUAA